CGCGCCGCUAAGCCGGCAUCAAGCUACCAUUUUUUCUUUCCGUCAUUCUUUCUCCGGCAUUCGUGCAUUGAACUUCUUCUAGUGAAAAACGUGUAAAACUCAAACCAGUCUAAAUCCACUAAUCGCUAAUCAUGUCUGAGGAAAAGAAGGAUUCCAAGGGUUCCGAGUCGGAGCACAUUAACCUCAAGGUGCUGGGGCAGGACAACGCCGUCGUGCAGUUCAAGAUCAAGAAACACACGCCCCUGCGGAAGCUCAUGAACGCCUACUGCGACCGAGCGGGUCUGUCCAUGCAAGUCGUACGAUUCCGCUUCGAUGGCCAGCCAAUUAAUGAGAACGACACACCGACAACGCUGGAGAUGGAGGAAGGCGACACUAUCGAGGUGUACCAGCAGCAAACCGGUGGACAGCUUUAUUUUUAAACCUAACUUUAAUUGCGUGUAAAAACUACUGAUCAGAAAGAAAAAUACAAUUUCCCCCAAACUAACAAAUCCACACACACAAAUGAUAACUUGUGAAUUAAUAAUAUUCCAUUUAAAUUAAUUUAAAUAAGCAGGAUGGGGAGCGCAAAUUCCAAAUGCGAAGCAGCCAGGUUUUAUUUUCAUUCUCAAACGAAUUUUGUUUAGUUUCCUCCUUAAAAACUACGAAUGUAUUUCUUUCAAAAUGAAUUUUAAAAACUAUGGCUACUCAACUGAAAAAUUGACAAAAUAAAAGGCUAAACAUAAGGAAAA